GUCUUCUCUUUCAGCUCAUCCACCUGCUGCUGUAGUUGAUGAAUUUGGACCUGGAAAUCCUCUUGAGUUUUUCUGAUGAUGGUCUUUUUCUUCUUGACAACUUUCUUCAGGUUUUCCCACAUGGAGUUCGCCGUCCUUCUGAAGCUGCUGCUGUGUCUCGAAGCGGCUGCUUGGUUCGGAGUUGGCAGACAGAAGCAGUGGCCCGUACCGUACAGAAAAUCUCAGAGUGAAGCAACCAUCCACCCAGUUUCAGACCGGGACUGAUUUGACAGAUUUGCCCAUUUUUACCUGCAGACAGAAGGUUUCCACCUGUAAGGACAGCGGUGUGAGACUCAUCCACCUGCUGCUGUAGUUGAUGAAUUUGGACCUGGAAAUCCUCUUGAGUUUUUCUGAUGAUGGUCUUUUUCUUCUUGACAACUUUCUUCAGGUUUUCCCACAUGGAGUUCACCGUCCUUCUGAAGCUGCUGCUGUGUCUCGAAGCGGCUGCUCGGUUCGGAGUUGGCAGACAGAAGCAGUGGCUCGUACCGUACAGGUUUUCCCACAUGGAGUUCACCGUCCUUCUGAAGCUGCUGCUGUGUCUCGAAGCGGCUGCUCGGUUCGGGGUUGACGGACAGCAGCAGUGGCCCGUACCGUACAGACGCUUCGAUCAUCGUCCGACUGCAGACUCUUAUUGUGAAGCUCUGUACCCGUUCUGCCCAACUGGAGACCGAGAUGGUCGCAUACCUUACAUGAGAGAAGAUGACGUCAUCUCCGUGUACAGGCUGCAGACGCCAGUGUGGGAAUUCAAGUAUGGCGAUCUGCUGGGCAAAGUUCACAUCAUGCACGAUGCCAUCGGCUUCAGCAGUUCACACACAGGAGCCAACUACACCAUGGAGUGGUACGAGCUGUUUCAGCUGGGCAAUUGCACCUUCCCUCACCUCAGACAGGAGGCGCCCGCACCAUUCUGGUGCAACCAGGGAGCGGCCUGCUUCUUCGAAGGCAUCGAUGACCUGCACUGGUCGCAGAACGGCACCCUGGAGAAAAUAGGAGAAGUCACAGGGAGUCAGUUCAACCACAUGGCUCAGUGGGUGCAGGAUGACAACCGCACUGGGAUCUACUAUGAGACCUGGACCGUGCGCUCUGACCCCGCCCCCAACUCCACGGUGUGGUUCGAGUCCUACGACUGUUCCCAGUUCGUCCACCGAACCUACAGGAAGCUGAAGGAGCUGGGCGCCAAACUGUCCAGCCGCUCGCCGACGUACUACACCAAGAUCUACCUGUACAGCGGAGAGCCCACGUACCUGGGCAACGACAGCGCCAUAUUCGGAACGCCGGCGCUGCAGAACCUGGCGGCGGACAUCCGCAAGUUCUACUUCACCUUCAGGCCACACCAGUCAUUCGUAGACUUCGCCUUCACCCUGCUGGAGGCCUACAAGAAGAUCGUGUUGGACAAGACUUUUUACCUUUACUACAACUUUGAGUAUUGGCAUCUGCCAAUGAAGUAUCCGUACAUGCAGAUAGUUUAUGAAGAAGUGCCUUUGCCUUAACAGUCUAGAAAGACAGAGAGUUUUUAGGGUUUUCAUGUCUUUUACUGGAAAAAGUGAGCAAUUCCAACUCCUGACAAUUCAUGUGGCUUUUUAAAAAUUCACGUCUGAUCCAGAACUUUUUCAUAUCAGAUGGGGAAAAAAACACAAGCAAUUCUUUUAUCCUCAAAAUUUACAUUGUGAAUUGUUAUUUUUCUAAAACCUCUUGAAUGAUUGCGAUAAAUUAAAAAAGGAUUGGAUAAAAAAAAUCAUUUUUAAGAGCUUCUUUGGAUGUGUCUGAUAGACUGAAAAACUGAUGGCUUGAAAUAUAACAGUCGUUUGUAUUGACUGCUGGCAAUGCUUGAAAUGUUUUUCUUUACCUGAAAUUUGAUUUGACUUGCAGAGGAAUUUUAUGAGCAGGUUGGUGAAAUGAGUUUGUCUCAGGGACAGUUUGAGCAGAAAAAAGGCAAAUCAAGUUCAAUUUAAAACCAAGAAACCAUUUUCCUUUCUGAACAGUUUUUCUGUCAGAGAUUCCUCCAACUUUGUGGUAUAACCCUUGUGCUAUCCUAGGCACUUUGGGAGUUGGGUCAUCUAGACCCACUAGACAGUGCACUGAACCUUUUUUCUUCAAUGAUUUGUGAUCUUAACUGGUGUCCAUGGAUUACAUGAAAUCUUUCCACUUUUGUCAUGGUAGGGAGAACACGUCAGUGUAAGGGUGGGGUCAUCUAAGAUAGCACAAGGGUUAAGAAUCAAAUCAAAAUUGAUUCUCUGGCACAAGAUCGUAGCUUGAAAUUUCAUCAUUUUUUCUUAAAGUCCAAGGAUUUUUGUAAAGCUCUGAAAACUGUUUGAGAUCAAUUAUUUUUGUUUUGUUUUGCAUUUUGAAAUACAUCUUUUUCUCAGUUUU